GUGGGCACCAGUUGACAAAGUGGAGAUGCAGGCCUAUUUCGGUCUUCUCCUGUUGGCUGGUGUGCACAAGUCUCGAGGAGAAAACACCCUUAGCCUCUGGGGAAAGGAUGGCAGAGACAUGUUCCCAGCAGUAAUGUCAAGGAAGAGGUUCAUCCUUAUAUCCAGGAUGCUCAGGUUUGAUGACCGUGAAACGUGGGGGAACGGUUUAAGCAGGACCAAGACAAGUUGGGACCAAUCAGGGAGGUGUGGGACAUGUGGGUCUCUGCUGUGCAGAAGAUGUGGGUACCUCGCUCAGACGUCUGUGUGGACGAGAUGCUGAUUGGAUUUCGUGGGAGAUGUCCCUUCAGGCAGAACAUGCCUUCAAAGCCUGACAGAUAUGGAUUGAAGGUGUGGGUCCCCUGUGAGUGUGAGACAUCAUACUGCUGGAACCUGCAGUUCUAUCUUGGCAAACCCUCCUCUGCAGCAAAACGUGAAGAGGGCCUGGGAACGCGUGUGGUGAUGGAUUUGACGGCGGGCCUCACAGGAACUGUGACCACAGAUAAUUUUUUUACCUCACACGACCUGGGCCAGCAGCUGCUGGGGAGGGGGAUGGCUCUUGUCGGCACUCUCCGAAAGAGAAGGCACGAAAUCCCGCCACAACUCCUACAGAUGAGGGCAAGGGAGGUGCGGUCAACCAUCUUUGGUUUCACCAAAGACAUCAUGAUCUGCUCCUACGUCCCCAAGGAGCGAAAGACGGUGGUGCUCCUCAGCACCAAGCACCGGCAGCCAGUGGUGAGCGAGGCAGCACACAACAAGCCUCAAGUCAUCCUGGAUUAUAACCGGUGCAAGGGAGCGGUGGAUAACUUGGACAAGGUAUGCCUCACUCAUUUUAUAGAGGGCGACUUCAUACUCUACAUGGAUGCCCUGACCAAGUUGGUGCCUUGGUUCUUUGCCUUGGACCACACCAACUAUGCCAGGUGGAUACCAGUCCACUUGCGUAACAUGAUUACACUGAAAGACACUCAUCCUGAUGCCCUCAGCCAGUUUCUGAAAGGAAACUUUGUAGUUAAGAAAACAACACAUAGCUUCUCUGCUAUUGCCAUUGACCAGGCCCACAAGCAGAACAAUGCCUCUGUGAAAGGUGAUGGUGGUGCCAUGGGCCUGACAGAGAACCAUGCAGCUCUGCAAUGCUGGAUGGUGUCAGGUUCUGAGAUGGCACGUGUGGUUGGAGAGUCUGAGGCCUCGACUGAGAAGAGAAAGGUGACUGACACCCGACACUAUGAGCAGACCAAACAUGAACAGAUAUACUCAGGAUCUUGCUGA